GUGCACAUAGUCAGCAGCAAGACAGCAUGGAGGUCAGAGCUCUGUGCAUCAAACUGUUUAUGACUCUUGUGGUCCUUUGUGCACAUGGUCAGAAAGUUGGCAAGUAUCAAAAAAUUGCUUGUUGAUAUGGAUGUUGUUUAGUAUUUUGUGUUUUGUGGACCAAAUAUAUGAAAAGUAGGAAAAAAAGUAUUCUUUUGUGAUCAUGUAUAUAAAGAGUUAUGGUGCAUAUUUUCAGUUCAUUUUCCUUUUUUCCUGAAAUGUUGUUUUCUCUAUGUUUAAGUAAAGCUCAUCAGUGAGUCUUUUCAUUUGUUCUUUUCUCAGAUGCAGUGUCCUUUCGAAUCAGUCCAAACAGACUGCAGUUCUUUGAAUAUGAACCAGUAACAUUUUACUGUGAUGGGGUCCUUUAUUGUCAAGUUGUUCAUAAAUUCAAAGGGAAAAUAAAAUCAUGUAAUAAAACUAACAUGAAAACACCAACAGGAUCAUACUGCACCAUUUCAAAUGUUUAUCGAGAGGACGGUGGAGAGUACUGGUGUGAGACUGAAGGAGGGAACAGAAGCAACAAAAUCAACAUAACUGUCACUGUUGGCUCUGUGAUCCUGGAGAGUCCUGCCAUUCCUGUAAUAGAGGAAGGAAAUGUGACUCUGUGCUGCAGAAACAAGAUGGCUUCUUCCAACUUCAAAACGGAUUUCUAUAAAUAUGGACAUCCCAUCCAUAAUAGCUCCACAGGAAACGUGACAAUCCACAGAGUUUCCAAGUCUGAUGAAGGACUUUACAAGUGUGGCAUUUCGGGAGUUGGAGAAUCAUCAGAGAGCUGGCUCAGUGUCAGGGCUUUUAAUCUUUCAGCAACUAAUCCAGACAUUUACAAAGAUACAAGACUUCUCACCUGUGAUGCCACACCUUGGAUCAUUUCCACUACUGUAUUCGGUGCUCUGUUGUUGUUGGUGGGACUGUACCACUUUGGCAAAUGUUGCUGGGAGAGAGCAAAUUUCUUCUGUCCAUCAACAACAGUCAAUGGUUCAGGCUCAGCCAACGAUCAAACAGCUUCCACAGCGGCCACUAUUGUGAAUCCAGUCAGAGAAAUGUAUGCUGUUAUAAGAAAAAAAAACAGGAAGAAGAAAGAUUUCACUGGACCUUGUGACGGACCCUCCCUUGUGAUUCCUGUGUACGGCAGCAUGAGUGGAGAUCUGGAUGAGAGUGGCUGAAGAGGAGUGAGUGUGUGCAGAAGAGAAGUGGUGGUGAUGGUGCUGAAGAGGAAUGUGUGUGUGUGGAUUCCCUUUCCUCUUCCCCCUGGACCCCUGCCCAACUCACUGUUAAAAUAUAUAUAUAGCACUGUGGUUCACCCCUUUUCUAAAUAAACUGUCACCUUUCUGCUUGCCAGAACUCUGUCUGUGUGUGAGACUGUCCGUUAGCAAGAAGCAAGCCCAUCCCUCCAACCAUACCCGUUUCUCAGGUGGGGACAGCUGGUGUUUAGCCAGUCCCAGAACCCAAUGAGAGGGCUCCGCGCUGCUGGCCGCACGGCCGACCCGAACUGCUCUGUCUAGGCCACUGGCUACGUGGCCAGGCCCCUAAACUGCUUGUUCUUUUUUUGGAACUCUAAUGACCCAGUGUUUUUGUGUUUUUGGACUUUGAUUAUUAUUGUGGUGAUAUGUGUUUCUUAUUAUUUAUUUGGUAUUGUUUAGUUUCCUUCUGCUUGUAGUUUAAUCAUGUGUAUUUCUAGUUCUUAGUUACUUGUUUAUUUGGUCUGUUCUCUUUCGUGUCCUGUUUGUCUUGGUCUUGCCUCCCCAGAAUCUCCUGUGUUAGUUAGUUGUACCUCACUGUAAAGUCUGUCUUGUCACCAUGUUUUUUCAUCUGUUUCCCAUUCAUGUCUCUGUGUGUCUGUCCGGUUUCUGUCAUGCUGCUUGUCCCUCACUCACUCGCCCCCAUUUUGUGUCUUCGUGGUCUUGUGUCUGUUUCCUCCAUCUGUUCUCUGUAUUUAGACAAACUGCAUCUCACGUGUUUCUUGUGUUUUAUUAUUUGUUUUAUUCUGACAGACUUUUGUUGUGUGCACAUAUUCAGUUUUGCUUCCCCUGUCUCAUCAGUUAGAUUAUGUCCAUCCAUCUUCCGCAGGUGUUUUCCCUCUGCCCUGAUUCCCUCUUGCGUAUAUAUGGUCUUUCUCUCUCUCCAUCCAGUGUCACGAUCUCGUUCUUGCUGCAUAUUUUGCCUGUUUGGAUCUCCGAG